AUGUCAUCAAUCAGUUCAUGUGGAAGCACGGCCUCUUCCAAAGCAAGAGCAUCAGCCAAGAAAGCAGCAUUGAAGGUUCGUUUGCAAAGACUUGCUGAGAUGGAACAACUUGAGCAGGCAGAGCUUAAGUUGAAACAACAGAAGUGUCGUUUCGAGCAAGAAACUGCACUUGCAGAGGCAGAAGCUGAAGAACAGGUCUAUGAAUCUUUAGAAGCCGAUCCACUUGAUGAUGCGACCUCGGAAAUCAAACAAGCAGCUUCUCCGCCAUUGUUAAGCGAUCCAUGGUGGUCAGGUCAACCAUUACAAAGUUCAAACCUUUUUGAUACACCCCCUGAGGAGAUCAAUCGCACCCUGCCACCCCCAGUAGUGCCCAUCACCUCAAGCUCUUUGGCCGUUACUCACUCGAACCCACAACCGUCUCCUGCCAUCCAGCUGGCCGAUCCCACCUCACAGCCAUUUCCUGUCAGUCAACCAUCCAGUUUCAAGCCAGAAACAUCUGCUGUCCACCAGCCAGUCCAUCCAAACCAACAACCAUCUCCAGUCAUCCAGCCGGCUGAUCCCACCCUACAAGCAUCUCCUGUCAACCGGCCAGCCCAUCUCAACCCACAAUCGCCUCCUGUCAGUCAGUCAGUUGAUUCCAACUUGACACCCUCCCCUGUGAGUCAACCAGUCCAUCCCAGCCCUCAGGCCUCUCCUUUCAGUGCCAACCAACGCCUUCAACAGCAACCGGUUAACAUAAUGUCUGAGAUGGGAAACAUUAUGUUCAGAAAGGAGUUGUUAGCCUUGAGCCUUCGAGGCUUCAACGAUUCUACACCCAUGUACAGAACCUGGAAGGCUUCGAUUGUCAGUUCAGUUAAGGAACUGAACAUACCUCCUUCACAAGAACUGAAUCUUGUCAUGAAGUGGUUGGGGAACGACUCAAGAAAACUGGUGGAACCACUGUACUCGGUGUACAUUGACCAACCUGCAGAGGCAUUAAAGCAAAUUUGGAGUUUGCUGGAUGAUACGUAUGGCUCCCCAGAGGCCAUUGAAUCGAAUGUCAUGACACGUCUACAGGAGUUUCCAAAGCUUUCAGCAAAGGAAUCUAGUAAACUUCUCCAGCUUGACCACUUGCUCCUAGAAGUUUUGCACCUCAAGAAAUCGGGGAAGUACCCUGGACUAGCGAGUUUAGACUCCGCACAUGGCAUUAACCCCAUAGUUCAAAAGCUACCACCAGGACUCCAAGACAAGUGGAUGAAACAUGGAUCAAAAUACAAGAGUUCCAAUGCCAGGUUAUUCCCACCCUUUGAAGUGUUCCAUGGUUUCAUUCAUUCAGAAGCAAAGAUGCGAAAUGACCCAAGUUUUCUGGUGUGUCGACCCUGUACAGCAUCGGAGUCUAAUGUCACUAGCGACAAGGUGAAGUCUAUCAAGCCAGUCAGUGUUUGGAAGACAGAAGUCAUCAACGCUACCAACCCUAGAGAAGAAGACUUGCAGAUGUGUGUUCUGCAUAACUCACAACACCCACUACAUGAGUGCCGGUUCUUCCGAAAGAAACCCCUACUGGAACGCAAACAGCUGUUGAAAGAGUUGGGGGUGUGUUACAAGUGUUGUAUGACCUGGAAGCAUGUCGCCAGAAACUGCAAAAACCCCAUCAAAUGUGAAGACUGCGGCAGUGAUAGACAUGUCACCGCCCUGCACAUCCGCAUACCUCCACGACUAUCUCAAGAACAGAGUGGUAGCAAAGGCGCAGACAUUCAGGCAGGAUCAUCAACUGAGAUUACCAACGCAUGCACGGAUCUGUGCAGCUCCUUUCCUCGUGGAAAGUCCUGUGCAAAGAUUUGCAAGGUGGAAGUGUACAGAGAAGAUCAGCAAGAGCAGACCGUUCCAGCAUAUGCAGUAAUUGACGACCAAAGCAACACCACCCUAGCAAAAGGUGAACUCUUUGACCUUCUUGGGAUAUCUUCUCCACCCACGACCUACGCAAUGAAAACGUGUGCUGGCUCAAUCGAGGUCACAGGACGUGACACAACUAAGCUGUGGAUCAAAUCGACAGAUGGUCGAACAUGUAUCAAGUUGCCCUCCGUGAGAGAGUGCGUUAUGAUUCCGGACAAGUUGGAGGAGAUACCAUCACCAGAAGUUGCUCGACACCAUCUACAUCUCCAACGAAUUGCCAACGAGAUAGAGCCAAUCGAUCCGGCGAUUCCCAUUCUCCUCCUCAUCGGAAGAGAUGUGCUACAAGCGCACAAGGUUAGAGAGCAAAUCAACGGACCUGAUAACGCUCCAUAUGCACAGCGAUUGGACCUAGGAUGGGUCAUUGUUGGCGAUGCUUGCUUGGAUGGACUCCACAAGAAAGUUGGAAUAUCAGUCCACAACACGGGACUUCUGGACAACACGGGACGCCAGAGCACUGUUUUUGAGCCAAGUCGAAGCUCCAGGCAAGUUUGUGACUUUUAAGAACGUAUUCUCAGCCAGCCAACAGUUGUUCCUGACCAUUUUGAUACAAGAGAAGACUCAAAUCAGUCGCUCUAAAGAAGAGGCACAGUUAUGAUGAAAUCCAAAGGCUCAACGAAGUUGGUCAGUGUGCACCUGCCUUCCACAGGAAGAACUUACGUCGCCCAUACCCGAACUUGUGAUGUAGGUUGAGUCUCAAGGGUGUCGGUAAACUGUUAAGUCUAUUGUUUGCGGGCCAGAAUAACGCCCAGUUCCAACCUGAGGGUAGUCCACCCCAAUGAUGGUUUUGUCAUUACACAUUUUCAUUGCCUAUAUUUCAUGUAUUCUAACAGAUUUUGUCAAGUUGUUGUAUUGUUAUCUUUGUACUUACCUUGUAGUUGAAUGAUCCUUGAUAAUUUGGUUAUUUUGUGAUGUUGCGCACAUCACAGGGGGGAGUGUGCUGUUUGCAGUUUGGUUAACUGAGUGACCGUUAGGUAGCAACAGCGCCCUCUUGAGGUUUCGGGCGUUCUGGGCGCCAGCCGCGAGCCGACCAAACACGUCUGUAUUUUUUGUACAAGUUUCCCUCCUGUUUUUUAUCUUUGCAAGGUUGUUAUUCACUAUAUGCGACUUGUCCUCUGAAAAGUUGGCAGUACAGUGUGUAUUUGGAGACACAACAGCUCUGUAAGUCUUUGCAUAUUCCUUUCAGAAGUGUAAUGUUAUUGUCAUUGAGGAUGAAGCGAUUUUUGUGUACUUCAUGUGUCACACUUACAUACAUGUAGAUUUUAUCCAUUCUGGUCUGUUACUCUGUCAUCUACCUGCUAGCUUGUCGUCAUAUUUUGUUUGUAAUGGGAAAUUAUUUCAUAUUAUCCAUGUCAAUCAUUAUAUUAUUUUGUCCUUUGCGCCUUUUUUUAUUGUAAUUUUCCUCAUUUGAUUAUGUUUACAGUUUACCAUGUGUAUGUCAAGGAAUAAAUUUCAAGUCGAACCUA